AUGUGUAUGUUGUCCAUCUGCUGGUCAUCAGGAAUCUCUGCAGCAUCUUUUCAUUUCGAGUCAUCUGGCUUCAGUGACUUGGCGGCAUUUCAGAGGCAUAUUUGGGAUUUCCCUCGUCCGGCACGUCUCUCCACUAGAAAGGAUAAAUCAAUGGUGACCAAGAAAGUUGUUGUCGUGGUUUGGAAUAGGCUGGAUCGAGGCUGGGUCAAGUUGAAUGUGGAUGGCUCCGCCCUGCAUAAUCCGGGCCCUUCAAGAGGUGGUGGUAUUUGUAGGAAAGAUAACGGUGAUGUGCUUUUUGCCUUCCAUCGUGGCUUUGGGGUAGGUUCAAAUGACAAGGCAGAACUUAUGACGGUCUUUAAGGGUCUUUCUAUUUGCAUCAGCCUCGGGCUGUGGAAUGUGGUGGUCGAGUCAGACUCAAAGCUGGUGAUGGAUUUGUUCACCAAAAUCUCUAGGCCAGGGUGGAAGUGGCAUCAUUGGGUGGCUCGCAUUUUCUCCCUCAAUGUGAAGGGUUCUUUCCGAUUCUCUCACACCCUUCGACAGGGGAACUUGCUAGUAGAUGUGCUUGCCCAGUUAGGCAGUACCACCCAGAUUAACAAGGUUUUCUUCUCCCCCCAGGAGCUUCCCUGUGAGUUUCGUGGCCUGGUUGUCCUUGACAAGGCUGGUUUGAGUGCUAUUAGACUGAUGGCUCCAGUAUAG